CUCGUUGAACGUUGUCUUUUUUUUUCUUCUCUUCCCCCUCAACUUUUCUCCCCCCUCUCACAGCGUCGCCUUCAGCCUGCCGCUGUUAUUAAGGCACAAAAAAAGCAAGGAAGUGGCGACAGGCGCGCUGCUUAGCCGACCACAAGGCAGUCCACUCGGCUACUUUACACCUCAAACACGCCCUCCAUCUUUGUACAACUGAGGCGUUCGCGUAAGCUACUUUUUUUGUUGGGUUUUUUGCCUGGUUUUAUUUAUUCCUGUUUCCGCGCCGGUUUUCACGCUUGUUUCGUCCCCCGGCUCUCAUCUUUGUCCGUCUCAGGCGAAGAACCAAGGAGGAAGACACGGAUAAAAGGACGCUGCUCGCCGGUGUUGGUGUUUUUUUAUUCGUCCGUUAAAAAUCGUGGCGAGGACCGCGAACGCAGCACAAUGGGACUAGCCGCGAGGAAAGGUGCUCUGUGGUGAGAGGGAGGCAUGCUGAGGCAACUCCCCCUGACUCAGGAUGAGUGUCAGAGAUGGCGGUGUCGCCGUGGCAACAAGCACAGGUGGAGGAACGGGGGGAGGGGACAUGCCGACGAGCCCCAAGGAUCACAACCGGCGCUCGUACCUGCUCCAGAUCUACCCACGCCUCCGUGCUGAGUCAUCCACCUGCUGCAAUCUGAGAGUGCAGAAGGAUGCCACAGCAGCCUCCGUGAUCUCAGACGCGGCUUUGGCCCUGGGGCUGGACCCCGGGCGCCUGUAUGUGUUGGCAGAGGUGAAGGAAUGCGGCGGCGAGGAGUGGGUGCUGGAGGCCGGCGACCUUCCGGUGCAAAGGUUUCUGCUGUGGCCCCGGAAAGCCCAGGAGCAACACCCGCAGAGCCUCGGCUUCUACUUCUUACUGCAGGAGAGGAACAAGGACGGCACCAUUCAUUACGCCCACCUGCCUCCGCCGUCCAAGGAGCAGGAGAAACGGCGUCUGGCCGCCCGGGGCUUCCUGCCGCCGCCGCAGGACGACUUCGCCGACCUGUGCAACCUCCCCAAACUCAACGAGGACAGCAUCCUCGGCAACCUGCGCACGCGCUUCCGCAAGAAGAAGAUCUACACGUACGCCGGCAGCAUCCUCAUCGCCAUCAACCCCUUCAAGUUCCUGCCCAUCUACAACCCCAAGUACGUCAAGCUGUACGAGAACCACCAGCUGGGCAAGCUGGAGCCGCACAUCUUCGCCAUCGCCGACGUGGCGUACUACGCCAUGCUGCGCAAGAAGGUCAACCAGUGCAUCGUCAUCUCCGGGGAGAGCGGCUCGGGGAAGACGCAGAGCACCAACUUCCUCAUCCACUGUCUGACGGCGCUCAGCCAGAAGGGCUACGCCAGCGGCGUGGAGAGGACCAUCCUGGGCGCCGGGCCCGUCCUGGAGGCCUUCGGAAACGCCAAGACCGCCCACAACAACAACUCCAGUCGCUUUGGUAAAUUCAUCCAGGUCAAUUACCUUGAGACGGGAGUGGUGAGAGGGGCUGUGGUGGAGAAGUAUCUCCUGGAGAAGUCCCGUCUGGUCUCCAGAGAGAAGAACGAGAGGAACUAUCACGUCUUUUACUACCUGUUGUUGGGAGCUUCAGAGGAGGAAAGGAAGGAGUUUAAGCUGCUGCCACCUGAAGACUACUUCUACCUCAAGCAGCAAAACUUCAAGAUCGAGGAUGAGGAAGACCUGCGCCAUGACUUUGAGAGGCUGCAGCAGGCCAUGGAGAUGGUCGGUUUCCUUCCAGCGACCAAGAAGCAGAUCUUUUCCGUGCUUUCGGCCAUCUUGUAUCUGGGCAACGUGACCUACCAGAGGAAGGCCAACGGAAGGGAUGAAGGCUUGGAGGUGGGCCCACCGGAGGUCCUGGCCACUCUCUCUGACCUGCUGAAGGUGAAAGAGGAGCUGCUGGUGGAGGCGCUGACCAAGAGGAAAACGGUGACGGUCAACGACAAGCUGAUCCUGCCCUACAGCCACUCGGAGGCCAUCACAGCGCGGGACUCCAUGGCCAAGUCUCUGUACAGCGCCUUGUUCGACUGGAUCGUGCUGCGCAUCAACCACGCGCUGCUCAACAAGCGAGACAUGGAGGAGUCGGUCCCGCGUUUGUCCAUCGGAGUCCUGGAUAUUUUCGGCUUUGAGGACUUCCAGACCAACAGCUUUGAGCAGUUUUGCAUCAACUAUGCAAAUGAGCAGCUGCAGUAUUACUUCAAUCACCACAUUUUCAACCUGGAGCAGGAGGAGUACCAAGCGGAGGGCAUCACCUGGCACAACAUCGACUACACGGACAACGUGGGCUGCAUCCACCUCACCAGCAAGAAGCCCACCGGCCUCCUCUACCUGCUGGACGAGGAGAGCAACUUCCCCCACGCCACCGACGAGACCCUGCUGGCCAAAUUCAAGCAGCAGCAUCAGGGCAACAAGUACUUUGUGUCCACGCCCGUCAUGGAGCCCGCCUUCGUCAUCCGCCACUUUGCCGGGAAAGUCAAGUACCAGAUCAAGGAUUUCCGAGAGAAGAACACCGAUCACAUGCGUCCGGACAUUGUGGCGUUGUUGCGGAGCAGCGACCGGGCGUACGUGCGCCAGCUCAUCGGCAUGGACCCCGUGGCCAUGUUCCGCUGGGGCAUCCUGCGCGCCACCAUCAGGGGCAUGGCUGCCUUCAACGAGGCCGGGCGCUCCUGGGCCGCCAAGACCUCAGGAGUUGUGCGUCCCGUCUCCAGGACGCCCCUGGGAGAGCUUCAGCGUGCCAACGCUCCCGUGGAGAGGAUGUACAAACGAGUCUCUAUGCUCGAUUUCUACUUUGAUCACUCAGAGGAGCGCCCUCUAGAGGCCUUUGAAGACAUCUUUGCUAGCUAUGAGAGUAAAAAAGACAUGCAUGCACAGAUGAUCAGCUCCAUUAAGAACUUGCAGAUGGACGGUGAGGACCCUCGCAAGCUGCUGCAGUCCUGGGGUCGCCUGCGCUUCCCUCGCCACGUCCUCCAGAAACACAAAGGAGCCAAACAGAAGCAGAUCAUCCCCAAGAAUCUUCUGGAUUCUCGCUCUCUGAAGUUCAUCGUGAGUCUGACGCUGCACGACCGCACCACCAAGUCUCUGCUCCACCUGCACAAGAAGAAGAAACCUCCCAGCAUUAGCGCCCAGUUCCAGACGUCUCUCACCAAACUCCUGGAGACUCUGAACAGAGCAGAGCCCUUCUUCAUCCGCUGCAUCCGCUCCAACGCUGACAAGAAGGAGAUGUUCCUGGACCAGACCUUGGUGCUGCAGCAGCUGCGCUACACGGGGAUGCUGGAAACCGUUCGAAUUCGGAGGUCCGGCUACGGAGCCAAAUACACAUUCCAGGAAUUCUUGGAGCAUUUCAGGGUCUUGCUGCCAAAGAACUCCACCGCCUCCAAGGAGGACAUCUCAGCCUUGCUGGACAAGAAGUUGGCCUUUGACCCCACGACGUACCAGAUAGGCAAAACUAAGGUGUUCCUGAAAGAGCUGGAGCGCCAGCAGCUGCAGGACACUCUGCACAAGGACGUCAUGGCCAAGAUCCUCUUCCUGCAGCGCUGGUUCAAGGCCCGCCUGCAGAGGAAAGACUUCCUGGACAUGAGACGAGCCUCCGUGCUCAUCCAGCGAUGUUGGCGCAGAUACUGCCAGCAGGAGAGGAGGCGACGUGCGGCCACGCUCAUCCAGGCCGUGUGGAGGGGCCACCGACACAGAGGGCUGCUGAGUCGCCAGACACGAGGGGCCACCAAGAUCCAGGCGCUGGUCAGAGGACACUCGGCACGGAGGAGAUGCCACUCUAUGCGUGAGGAGAAACGUAAAAAAGAGGAGGAGGAGGAGGAGGAGUCGAAGAGGAAGGCAGAAGAGGAGGAAAGGCGGCGGCGGGUUGAAGAGGAGGAAAGGAGGCGGCAGGAAGAAGAGGAAAGGAGGCGGAGAAUGGAGGAAGAAGAGGAAAGAAGGAGAGCAGAGGAGGACAGGAGGAGGAGAGAAGAGGAGGAAGCAGCCAGGAAAGUGCUGGAAGCUCAGGCUGCGGAGAAGAAAGCAAAGGAGCCUCAAACGAGAGACGAUCCAGACAUAGAACUGAUCACGGAGGAGAUGCUGGACCACGACCUGCCAGGACAAGAACCAGGAGAGGACGACGGGGAGGCCACGUCAAGCUCCCACACAGAGGAGGAGGAGCAGGAGGAGGAAUGGCGAGCACAAGAUGGAGAGGAGGAGCUUCUCAGGUCUGGUGUGGAGACCAACGGUACUCUGGCUGAGGCUGGACCUCGGCUCAGCAAGGAGGAGGAUUCUUCCCAGGCGGACCACAAGCCGACCAGGGCCCAGGGAUCCAGAAGCCAGGAGAAGCGCGAGCAGAGGCGGCGGAGAGGUCUGGAGCACAACCAGAGAGAGACGGAGCGAGCCGCGUCUUCCUCCGCGCCCGCCGGCGACCACGUCUCCACGCCGGCCGAGCGAGCGGACAGCAAGGAGCUGGACCAGUACACCUUCGUGGCCUGGAAGGUGAAGGACGACAAAGGAGGGAGGAAGGAGGCCAAACUUCCCCCGCCCUCGUCCGCCGCCGUACGUCCCACCACGUUGUCGCUGCGAACCACCGACAGGAGCGCGGCGGCGGCGGACGGCGGCGCCGCCGGCCUGCAGCGCCGCCACGGGAAGGCGGACACGAGGAAGAAGGGCGGCGGGGAACAUUCUCCUCCAGCUGACAGCAGAGAGCAGAGAAGGAGCCAAACUACCUCGUCCUCGUUGGACCCGUGGUCUCCGGGCCCCGAGGGUGCUGCUGCGCUCCUAACCAGAGAGAUGAUUUUGUCUCCAGAGAGUUACGCUGAAAGCUUGAAGGGGAGCUCCAUGAGGAGGAGAACACAAGACGACUCCACCCUCGUCACCCCGUCCACGCCAGACAAGUCGGGAGGUUUCUUCAGCAAGAUCUUGAAAAAGCGACCCCACAAAGAGGCUCACACGCCAGACAACGACGUGACGCUCGCCCAGGUUCUCAUGGACAAGUCGACAGGAGGCGAAGCUCCGGCAUCCGGACACCCGUCCAGAGGUUCAUCCCAGUCCCAAGGAGAGCGCUCCAGUAAGAGUUUGGGCCGCAACCCCACGAUCAAGAUCAGCCGUGCCACGCGGGUGUCGGAGCAGUGGAACGCCUCGCUGGACCGGGAGAUCACCAACGCCAACGAGCUGCGGCACCUUGAUGAGUUUCUGGGGAACCAGGUCAAUGAUUUCCGCUCCAGGGGGAAAUCCUUAUCAGCCACAGAGGCCAUCUUUGUUACGGCCACCAUGCAGUUCAGAGAGACCAUCAAAGCCAUGUAUUCUUUCCCCAAGCCCACUAUCGGCUACAAGGGUCUGAUGACAGGCUACCAGAACAAAGUCAUCCAUCUGGCCGGAGACAAACAAAAAGGAGAAGUCCAACUUGUGGUCAACCUCUUCCAGUCCGUGUUGGACGGUUUCAUUCGAGGGGAGAUGAAGAAGCAGGAGGCAGAACCUGCCAAGCCCGCUAAAGCCCGGAAGAAGCGACGGAAAAAAGACAAAAGUAUGGAGAGUCCCUUGGACCACGUUUUCGUCAAUUACCAGGUGAACAUCAUGCAGUCAUGUGACCAGUGCACGUCCUACAUCUGGGGGAUGGAGAAGGCCUACAUGUGCAGCUAUUGUAAAAUGGUGUGCCACAAAAAGUGCCUGGGCAAAAUAGUCACCGACUGCUCCACCUUCUGCGUAAAAAAGAGCGAGGAGGAGUCCGGCGGGCAGCACUUUGGUGUGCGUGUGAGUCACCUGGUCAGCGAGAAGAACCCGGUGCCCAUGGUCCUGGAGAUGAUGUUGGAGCACGUGGAGAUGCAGGGACUCUACACCGAGGGCAUCUACCGCAAGUCCGGCUCCGCCAAUCGCAUGAAAGAGCUGCACCAACGACUGGAGAACGACCCCCACCUGGUGUGCCUUGAAGAUUACCCCAUCCACACGGUGACGGGCCUGGUGAAACAAUGGCUGAGGGAGCUGCCAGACCCUCUCAUGACCUUCAUACAUUACAACGACUUCCUGCACGCAGUAGAGCUGCCAGAUAAGCAGGAGCAGCUGUAUGCCAUCUACAAAUUGCUGGAGGAGCUCCCCACAGCCAACUUCAACACGCUGGAGAGGCUCAUCUUCCACCUCGUCAGGGUGUGUAAAGAGGAGGCUCACAACCGCAUGUCCCCCAACUCCUUGGCCAUCGUCUUUGCUCCCUGCGUGCUGCGAUGUCCAGAUGGUGCUGACCCGCUGCUCAGCAUGAAGGACGUCGCCAAGACCACCACGUGCGUGGAGAUGCUGAUCAGCGAGCAGAUCAGACGCUACAAUGAGAAGAUGGAGGAGAUCGAGCAGCUGGAGUUUGCCGAGGCUCUGGCUGUGAACCAGCUCAAACUCAAGAGGAAGAACACGCACUGCUGGCAUUUACCUCUCAGGUUCUCAGCUCCUUACAAAGGAGUGGUGAUACACGAGAAGGUCACCUCGGACCACCUCAAGGCCGUCCCUGAGAACGAGCCUCUGGACUCGGACACGGAGGCCGAGAACAACCUGGUGGAGCGCAUCAAGUCCAUCAAACAGGAGAAAGACGAUCUGGCCUGUCGGCUCCCGGAGAUGGAGCAGCCCGGGUCUGACCAGGAGAACCUGGACUCUGAAGCCUCGCUGAGCUCCGAGAGUCUGUUAGACGAGCAGCAGCGCUCCUCCGCCCACAACUCGGAGCCCGAAGGAGUUCCCCAGCAGAGGCGGUGUGGGUCUGGGAUCCCUCUAAAACCAUCAGGUGUAGCUCAGCGGGGGGGGUCGCUCCCCGCCGGACGUGCGUGUCUCCAAGACGUCCCCGCUAGCUCCUCCUCCUCCCUCUCCAGCUCCUCCUCUUCCUCCACCUGCGAGCCCCCCAACGCCUCCUCCUGCAGGCGCCCGCCCCAACGCCGCCGCCCCGUCAUCCCGGACACGGUCAAGCUGCCGCCGGGGGUCCUCCUCCAGCCCAUCGACCCGGACCCGCCCCCCGGGAAGCGGGCCUUCCACUACCUGGUGCGGCGGCGGGAGCAGCCCGGUCGGCGCAAGGACAGCACGCAGUCGCUCUACCUGGACGCACCCGAGUGCGAGCUGCUGGCACAUUUCUCCUCCUCGUCCUCCUCCAUCCCCGCCGCACCUCCGUGCCGGCGCCAGGACACGCCCACGCCCACUUCGGAGGAGCGCAGACGCUUCUCCGACCCGGACAUCCCUUACAUGGACGACGGCGUGUGACCAGGAAGCCAUCAUUUCAUGAUGGCGUGCGACCAGGAAGCCAUCGUUUCAUGAUGACGUGUGACCAGGAAGCCAUCAUUUCAUGAUGGCGUGCGACCAGGAAGCCAUCGUUUCAUGAUGACGUGUGACCAGGAAGCCAUCGUUUCAUGAUGACGUGCGACCAGGAAGCCAUCAUUUCAUGAUGGCGUGCGACCAGGAAGCCAUCAUUUCAUGAUGGCGUGUGACCAGGAAGCCAUCAUUUCAUGAUGACGUGUGACCAGGAAGCCAUCAUUUCAUGAUGACGUGCGACCAGGAAGCCAUCAUUUCAUGAUGACGUGCGACCAGGAAGCCAUCAUUUCAUGAUGACGUGUGACCAGGAAGCCAUCAUUUCAUGAUGACGUGUGACCAGGAAGCCAUCAUUUCAUGAUGACGUGCGACCAGGAAGCCAUCAUUUCAUGAUGACGUGCGACCAGGAAGCCAUCAUUUCAUGUUGCCAAGCUCCUUUUCUACUUUUUUAAAGCCCCCCGGUGCUGAGUCAGCAGAUUUCCUUUGGCCCCAAAGUCAGCUCAUCAGAGCUUCCUGUCGCACUUUGUCACUUCUUAGUCCUCCCUCCAAUCUUAGUUUGUGCCUUAAUUAACCCAACACUUCUUUUUUUUUAAACCAUUUUGGUCGCCCUCGGCAACAUGGAAACAGGAACUGUCCUCUUGCAGCACACGCCACUUUUUACACGCCAGAAGCACGCCGCCAUCUUCCUCUCUGGACUGCUGUCUUCUGGGCCGCCAUGUAACGGUUAUUAAUACACAACAUGAUGCUUCUCACGUCUGCUCCAUCAUUCCUCCACCACACGUGGCACCGUCUAGAAAUUAUUCCAAGAAGAAAGUGGUAAGUGACGAGAAAAUAGUAACACUAUUCUUUCAAAAACAAAAAUAAUAAUGAAUCAAAAUCAAUGUUGUGAACUAUUCAGAGCUCCAGUUACCUUCAAUCAAAUUUUCCACUUUUUGGGGGGGAAAAUAGUGCAUGUUUUUUGUGUUUUAUACAUAAAAAACUAAGUUUACUUUAACAAAAAGGGCAUAAACACAAUUUAAAAAAACAACUUAAUAUCCACAGAUCUUUAAUUGAUGUAGAACACAGGUGUCAAACUCAAGGCCCGGGGGCCAGAUCUGACCCGCCAUAUUUAACGUGGCCCACGUGUGUA